AGAGUGCACUGAGCAGCCAGCAGGGGCGUGAGCAGUUAAGGCACCAGACACCCCACACAGGGCAUUGGCUCCCUCCUGCUUGAAGAUGUUCCACCAAAUCUGGGCAGCUCUGCUCUACCUCUACGGCAUUCUCCUUAACUCCAUCUACCAGUGCCCUGAGCACAGUCAACUGACAACUCUAGAAAUGAAUGGGAAAGAGUUUCCAGAGCCCCACCUGGGCCACUGGUACUUUAUCGCAGGGGCAGCUCCCACAAAGGAAGAGUUGGCGACUUUUGACCCUGUGGACAACAUUGUCUUCAAUAUGGCUGCUGACUCUACCCCAACACAGCUCCAGCUUUGUGCUACCAUCCGCAUGAAAAAUGGGCUCUGUGUGCCCCGGAAAUGGACCUACCACUUGACUGAGGGGAGCACUGAUCUCAGAACAGAAGGCCGCCCUGACAUGAAGACUGAGCUUUUCUCCAGUUCAUGCCCAGGUGGAAUCAUGCUGAAAGAAAUGGGCCAGGGUUACCAGCGAUUCCUCCUUUACAAUCGCUCACCAUACCCUCCCAAGAAAUGUGUGGAGGAAUUCCAGUCUCUGACCUCCUGCUUGGAUUCCAAAGCCUUCUUACUGACUCCCAGGGAUCAAGAGGCCUGUGAGCUGUGCACUAACUGACCUGUGGCUUCAUCUGUGCCCCAGAUGGAUACUGCGGGAGCUGUGAUGGUAGUGGGGAGGAGACUAGCUAAAGACUCCCUUUCAAGAAUAAAGAUAUUUUUCAAUCCUCA